GACCACUAUAGGGAGACAACUGUUCCUAUAGACACAGGGUUGCCCUGUCUGAAGCAAGCAGCAAAACAGUCCUAUCACAUGCCUCUGACCGGUUAGAGAGGCAGUCAAAGAGGUGCCGUGAGGAAGUGUAAUGUCACAUGCAACAUUUACAGGAAGCUGGCGAGAAGACAGCAGAGGAACUUGAGAGCUUGGUUGUUUUCUGCAGAUUAAAGUAACACAGAUUUAUCUGCAAGAUUGUUGAAAGCAUAACAGUUCAAGAUGCCCGUCCCUCCCCCUCCGGCCCCCCCACCACCCCCUACAUUUGCACUGGCCAAUACAGAGAAACCUACCUUGAAUAAGUCAGAGCAGGCCGGGAGAAAUGCUCUCCUCUCUGAUAUCAACAAAGGGAAGAAACUGAAGAAGACAGUCACCAAUGACAGAAGUGCACCAAUAUUGGACAAGCCUAAAGGAGCUGGUGCUGGUGGUGGGAGUGGAUUUGGCGGAGGAGGUGGCAGCGCUGGUGGUGGCGGCGGCGGCAGCAGCAAUUUUGGAGGAGGUGGACCUCCCGGGUUGGGAGGACUAUUCCAGUCUGGAAUGCCGAAGCUGAGAUCCACAGCCAGCAGGGAUAAUGAGCCUAAAGGAGCUGGUGCUGGUGGUGGGAGUGGAUUUGGCGGAGGAGGUGGCAGCGCUGGUGGUGGCGGCGGCGGCAGCAGCAAUUUUGGAGGAGGUGGACCUCCCGGGUUGGGAGGACUAUUCCAGUCUGGAAUGCCGAAGCUGAGAUCCACAGCCAGCAGGGAUAAUGAUUCUGGAGGAAGCCGACCUCCGAUUUUGCCGCCAGGAGGAAGAGCCACGUCGGCCAAACCUUUUUCACCCUCAAGUGGCCCAGGGAGGUUCCCUGUGCCUUCUCCCAGCUACAGAAGUGGCCCCCCGGAGCCUCAGAGGAACCGAAUGCCUCCCCUGAGGCCCGACGUGGGCUCCAAGCCCGAUAGCAUCCCCCCUCCGGUACCGAACACGCCAAGACCCAUUCAGUCCAGUCUGCACAACCGGGGGUCCCCACCGGUGCCCGGCGCUCCCAGGCAGCCCAGCCCGGGGCCGACGCCUCCCCCCGUCCCUGGAAACCGAGGUCCCCUCCCACCGCCUCCUCCCAUAAGCAGAAAUGGCAGCACAUCUCGGGCCUUGCCUGCCACCCCACAGUUGCCGUCCAGGAGUGGAGUAGAUAGUCCCAGGAGUGGGCCCAGGCCCCCCCUUCCUCCCGACAGGCCUGGUGCAGGGGCACCUCCCCCACCUCCACCGUCAGCAUCAAUUAGAAAUGGCUUCCAAGAUGCUCCAUGUGAAGAUGAGUGGGAAAGCAGAUUCUACUUCCAUCCGAUCUCUGAUCUGCCACCUCCAGAGCCAUAUGUGCCAACAGCCAAAAGUUAUCCCAGUAAAUUGCCAAGAAAUGAAAGCCGGAGUGGAUCCAACAGAAGAGAAAGGGGGGCUCCGCCACUUCCUCCCAUCCCGAGGUGAUCUCUGCCUGCUAUUCUCUGUGCAAGCUCGAGAGCUGCUCCUGUCCUUGCUAUCCGAGAGUUGCACACCCUCUACCCCCUUUCUCCCCUUGUCCCCUUCCUAUUGGCAGGAGGGAGGAAAGGAGAGUGAGUGGGAAUAUGCGCGUGUGAGGGUAGGGAUCCAGUAACGAAACGCACCUAGCUUUUUAUACUGUGUAUAUUCUCAGAGCCAUUGCUUGCUUCGGCUCCAGCCCAUGUGGGCUGCUGGGAGUCUAUAGGCUUUUUUGGCAAGUAGGCAGAGAUAAAUUUUAUCCCAGCUUUCAACCAACCAAAUUCAAACAUUCACUGCUUAUUUGCUACAGACUGCGAUUAUUGAAGUCCCCAGGAGCUGUCUUCUUCCAUGCUUUUUUUUUUGUAUGCUUGGCCUCCUGUUUGUUUCCAUGAACCACAGAUCACCUAAGCAAGCUGCUGAACAAAGGCUCAAAUGAAAGUUUUGUUUGCAGCUAUAGGAUGUCCAAGCUUUGGCAGUCAGAGGUACUUAUGCUCUAAGACAGAGCUGUCCAAUAGAAAAAUAAUGUGAGCCCCAUAUACAACUUUACUAUUCUAGUAGCCAUGCUUUUUUAUGAAAGGUGCAAAGAAACAGGUGGAAUUAGUUGUGUUUUAACCUUAUUCAUCAAAACUAUCAUCACUUCUACCUGCAAUCAAUAUAAAAAAAUAUUAAUGAGCUAUUGCACAUUCUUUUUUGGUACUAAAUCUUCAAAAUCCAGCGUGCAUUUUACACUCACAGCACAUCUCCAUGAAAAUGUGACUACUCGUGUUUUAUAUGCUCAAGAGCCACUUGUAGAGGGGUGGUUACUAUAUUGGACAGCACCAGUCUAGAAGAUGAAAGCUAAUGCAAAACCUCUUGUUUAGAAAACAGAAAAGGCAAGUUGAGCUUGAGCAAUUCAAGAGGUGACUAAAAGUAAAGUUAGGGCCCAACACCUUGUUUGGUAGAUAGCUUGACCUUAGAUUUUGCUCCCGUAUUUUCCCUCUUCCCUUAAUGUCUGGAGACAAGUGUUGCUUCACAUGAGCUUCACAGUACCAAGAUCGCAGAUUGAUCUAGCACAGUUUACAGUCACAUGGAAUAAAGCCAUUGGAAAGAAACUGAAAGCCUGUUUGGGCUCCCAGGCCCAGGCCAGCUGGCUCGUGCGCUCACCUGUCAGUUGGUCUCCGGCAGCCUUUGCUCCUCUGCAGCUCAGCAGCCCCUGGACUGGGAGAGGCUGGGUGGGCUUGGUAGGAAGGGGGAAGAAAGUAAGAGAAAGGCAUCAAAUCAGAAACAUGGAGAAGAGAACAGACUUGAGCUGACAGACAAGACUCUAAAAUUCUAAAUGUGAUGUUGAUAGGGUUAAAUGAAUUAGGGAGAUUGGUGGUAGAAAUUGGAGGGAAGUUGUUUUGAAUCUGUCCAGGAGGAUCUUGUGUCUUGGAUCUAUGCAAAUAAAAGCUCCGCUAAAGGACCUUGGGGAAGAGCCAGCCUUGCCUUUUUAAAUAUGAUUUUGUUUACAGAAUUUUACUAGGACUUUGAAAUCUAGCUGUAGAGUUGGGAAUAAGUAUUUCCACUUAGAUGUUUUAUAUGGUUGAUUAUGUUUAAAAGUUAUCAUUACUUAUUUUUUAAAAGCACAUGACCACAUAUGUAUAUGUAUAUCUACCUAAACAUUGUAUCACAGUUUCAGCGUAUUAUUCAUGUAUUCCUUGGAGUUGCUAACAAGAAGUCAAUCCAAAGAAAAAUUUGAAAGACACAUUCCUAUUUAUAGAAUAAAUAAUUUUGUUUCAUUUAUAUAAAAGCAUAAGAACUUAGAGUUCUAAUAAAUGGGAUGUCUAAUAAAUUAUGAAGUUACUGAUUUGAAUAUAUUGUAUUUUUAUAACUUUCCUUGCCAAAGUUCUGGGCUUAGUACAUUAGAGAGCUUGCUGUUUCC